AAUGCACGAGCGAGCACGAGUAGGCUCCCUUUAUGUCUGAAAAUAGAUGGAUCGCAGUGUGUUAUCUAUUCUUGAAAUGAGAUGAUUGAGAAGAAAAAAUUACUUAUUGAUGUCCCUGACAUCUGACUAAAGAACUUCUUGCAAGAAGAUGGGAGUUACACAACUUUGGCAAAUUCUGGCCCCAGUGGCUGAGCAUAAGCCGCUAACUGCUUUGAGAGGUCAAACACUGGCAGUUGACCUUUCAAUAUGGGUGUGCGAAACUCAGUGUGUGAAGCAGAUGCAGGGCAUUGUCAGCAAGCCCUUUCUGAGAAAUCUGUUCUUCCGGAUUGUGCACCUGAGUCAGCUUGGGGUUAGACUGGUGUUCGUCAUUGAAGGGUCAGCGCCCGAGAUCAAAUGGGAGACAAUGAUGAAGAGGCAGCAGACGAGAUUCCCUGGCCGCCAGGGAAAGGCUGGUGGAGGGUCCAAGCCUGCUGGCAGCCAGAACCGUAGAAACUUUAAUGCGUGCUUAAAAGAGUGUUGUGAACUGCUAGACAUUCUUGGGAUUCCAUACGUACAAAGCAAAGGGGAGGCUGAAGCAAUGUGUGCCCUGCUGAAUUCUGCUGGGUUGGUAGAUGGAUGUUUGACAAAUGAUGGUGAUGCUUUUCUUUACGGAGCUGCUACAGUGUACAGGAAUUUUACAAUGAAUGCAAAGGAUCCUCAUGUGGAGAUGUAUAAAAUGUCUGACGUUGAGGGAAAGCUUGGGAUAGAUAGGGGAGGAUUAGUGGCACUUGGGUUGCUGAUUGGAUGCGAUUUUGUGCCAAAAGGGGUCCCAGGAAUAGGGGCAGCAAACGCUGUCAAGCUGUUGGAGUUGCUUAGGGGAACAGACGUGUUAGAAAGGUUACAGCAAUGGAGAAGUAUGCCAGAAAGUAGCUGCCUAGCCCAGGUUGAGGUGGCCACACGCAGGAAAGCGCUGGGGUUGUCAGACUUUCCACAGAUAAAGGUAAUCAACGAGUUUAUGAUUCCCAAAGACAGGUGCCCAUCUAGACUGUCACCAUGGAAAAGACCGGUUCCUGCUAAACUACAGGAGUUUGCACUUUUGAAACUUGAGUGGCCUGCAGAGUACACGCUGGAGAAGGUGUUACCGUUGACAACGCUGUGGGACAUGCAGGACAUUCUUCAGUCCACCAACCCUUCCAGCCAUCAGCAUCUGAAACCACACAGAAUUGUGAAAACACGAGUUCGACAGGGUGAACCAUGCUUUGAAGUUGAAUGGAGCAAGCCUGUGACGGACACCCUCACCGAAGGCAGUACUUAUGUAACAGUGGAGUGUCAGGACAUAUUCUCACGCUGCUACCCACAUAUUGUGGAAUGCUAUAUUGGAGAGACCGAUUCAAAAAACAAAGCUAAAGCAGGGAAAAAGAAAAAGAAGAAAAAGAAAGAAGCAUCCACAGCUAUUGAUAAUUUGUCUUUCAAUUUUAACAAGAUGAACUUGACAGAAGUAACAAACAGACUUGCACAAACUGUCAAAGACUUGCCAACAGAAUUUAAUACUUACAGCGAAUGCAAUCUGGUGACCAAAGCUAAACAACCAAAGCAUUUAACAUUGGAGUCCGUCUCGGCAAAAACUGCAUUAGAGCCUAAAGGAACCUGUACAAAGAGGUCUGAAUCCGACCAAAAUAAGAUCAAAGGCUUCCUUAAUUUUGACAAAAAUCCUGUUGAAGCUUUUGCAAAACCUGCUAAAACCGAAUUUAAAGCUUUGACAACAUCAGAUGGUGGUUACAUUUCAUUGAGUGAAAGAGUUAAGUUGAGAAUGCAAAACAAGGCUGUAUCAUGUGUGAAUCCAAAAACAUCUGAGUUAAGUGACUUGAGCUCUUUGUUGGAAGAAGUUGAAAAUGUAUCACUUAGUGAAAACAAACUUAAAUGUUUAGUGCCAUCUGUGAAUUCAAAUUCAAAGAUAAACACUAAGUACCCAUUGCAUUUUACACCAGUUACAGGCCAGUUGAAGGCAGCAAAUCAACACACCUUGCACACUAGGGAAAUGUCUUCUAUUGCUCAGAAAAUGUCCAGUCCUUUUUCAGCCAACACAUGUAGCCCAAUGUCAUAUAUACAACAGUCAUUGUUAGCUGGUGGACAGAGCCCUAUUCCCAAAAGUAGUCCGUCUGUAAAUGGUUUUUCAUUCACCACAGAUAGUCCUUCACAACAGACACCAAAUGUGCAUAAGCAUGUUGCCGAGAAGUGUACAGCAGAAAAAAUUGCUGCCAGGCUUGAGUCUGGCAUAAUGAAAAUUGGAAAACCUCAACAGAAUGACUGGAAGAGUUUCUCAUUCUUUGAUAAAGCUGAAACAUUGCCAAAGUGUAAUACUUCAACUGAAAAGACUCCAAUCUCUGCAAGUGUGAAAGACUAUGCGAAAACAACAAAAUCAGUCAAUCAGUCCUUGCUUGAUUUCUCAAGUCUUGGCCUGGAUGCAAGUCAGUUUGGAAACUUUGAGAUACAGACCUCACUCCUGAAUAGUCUAUGCAGCAGUUUGAUUCAGGCGUUAACACCAAAGGGUGUCUCGAUGAGCAAGGAGGAAUACGAAAGCUUGAUGUCUACAUUGAAUGAAAUAAACAAAGACGAUGAAAUACCCAACAGCAAUCAAGAAAAAGGUCAAGUAGUGGAUGAAUUAGCAUGUGCAAUUGAUUUUUCUGACAUAGAAAAGGCUUCUAGUGAACUGAAGAAAAUGAAGACUGCUGUGACCUUAGAUCCCAUCCGACUGGUGGGUGAUGCACAGGUUGUUGACAAUGUAGAAGCACGGUCCAAGUCUGCAAGGAAAAAGCUGCGAAGGAAAGAGAAACGUAGGGCAUUGGAAGAUAUAGCCCAUUUAAAUAAUAUGUCACAACGCAUUAUGAACAAUCACAGUGACCAAACACAGAAUAAGCAAGGAAAAAAGGUUGAUAUUGGUAAAUAUGAAAAUAUGUCUUUGAGUGAACAGAAAAUGGCAGCACCUGCCAAUCGUACCACCAACUAUAUCUGUGAAGGGAACAGGAAACUUUCCAGUAAUGAGGUUGAUUUGACACUUGCAAAAACUGAACCAGACAAAUGUAAAAGCACUGAGUGUUCCAAAGUAAAUGAUAGAAGUGCCAGAAGUGUAUCAAGUAAUGGAUCUUCAAUAGAGACAAAUAGUUUGCUCAAAGACAAAAAUACCUCAAAGUGCAAAUCAGAGACACGAAAUGUAACUAGUUGUUUAGAGAAUAAAACAGUUCCUACAAAAUCACAGGUGGCAGCACCAUCAACAACAGGGAAUUCAAACAAAUGUGCUGCUGAAAAUGGCCUCAAAUCAGCCAGUGAAAUUCAAAAGGUUGUAACAUUAAAACGGGAAACUACAGAUUCCAAAGAGAAACAGAAAGCUAAAUCAGAUGGAAAAGAACCCCUUAAGUCUGCAGGAAAGCCUUGCUCGACCAGUUAUUCUUGUCACAAAGCACAUAAUAGUCCAGAGAGUGCGAGUGAAAAUAAAUCUAGACCAAAUAUUGGGAAGCCAGGUUUGGUUAUGGCACCUUUUACAGUCAGUAAAUCACCAUGUCCCAUUACAAGUCCGCAAAAAGAUGCCAAAAGAGCUGGGAAAGUUUUUCCCUCUCCUAGUAUUUGUAAAAAUAUUCUCAGUGAAAUGGAUGGGUUGUUUGACAGAGAUGAACGUAAGAAGGAUGCUGAUAUGGACAGUGUUUCCUCUGGUGAUUUAGUUUCUGUAAAAAAGAAGAAAAAGAAGAAGAAAGUAAAGAAAGCUUCAUCUCUGGUCAAUAUGUCAGCUUCUACCAGUUCGCCUUUAUGCGGGGAAUAUUUAAAGCAUGCUUUAGAAAAAUUCAAGGGAGAAAAAGUAAUACAGAAAGCUUCUCCAGUCUUUGAUUUGUCAGCAGAUGAGAGCAUUCUUGAACUGGAAUCCUUGUCAAGUAAACUGGUAGGAGUAAGGGUGGAAAAGGAGAAGGCAAUCAGACUGACAUUGUUGAAGGCUAGGCAGAUGUUGGCAGAAAAGGAAAUAUCCUCAAUCAUGACUGAUGUAGUGACUGAAAUUGCCCCAGUUCUACAACUUGAAACUGCAUGUCAGCCUAGUAAAACUUCUAAAAGAAGUGAUAACAAUGAAGAGGCGACUGUUCAUAGAGAUAUGAAGACAUCAAUCCCUGUUGGUUUGGAAGAUGUUGAUAUAUUUGACAAGUCUUGUUUGCCUAACUUUGAAAAAAUUCUUGAUCUGGAUGAUGUUAGGGACAAUGAGAAUGAAUUUGGUAAAGCUAAGAGUACUUCAAGCAGUCACUGGGAAGAAUUGGAAGAAAAUACCAAAGAAGGAGUGAAACCCCAAUGUGAAGAAAAUGAAUGUUGGGGUAAAGAUUAUGCUUUCGCAGCAAAUGGUCAGGGUGCAGAUCAUUAUGUUGCUUAUUCUGACCAAGUUGAGCACUCUGAUUCAGAGUUUGAAGGUUCAGAUGUGAGUGAUCAAGGUGGCUUUGCACUAGAUCAGACCAAUGAUGUUGGUAUGAUAUGUUAUCAUGAGUCAUCAACUGACAAAAUGAAGGAACAAUUUGAAGCAGAUGACAAGAAUGGGAUACAAAACGCUGGAUUUCAAAAAAUCGGGAAAGUAAAUGCUGAUACAUGUAGUAAGGAAACUCAUAAUCUGAUUUUCAGUUUGAUACGACCAAAAGAAGCAUUCACAGAUGAAGAAAGUAAGGUUAUUGAUGAAAAGAAAAUCAGUCUCACUGACAUUGAUGACAUUGAAAUUGUAAAAAAAGGCAAACAACCAGACCAAAGUCCAGACAGAAAUAAUACUAUUUGGACAGUUGAAGAUUUAUCAUUGCAUAGCAUUGGUCAUGAACAUAGAGAUAAUAAAAGCUUACCAGUAUAUGGAAAAAUGCAGUUCGAUGAUGAGUUGACAGAGAAGUAUGAAUCUGCUGAUGAGGAAAUAUUUGUAGAUGCAGGUGGUGAGACUUCACUGGACAAAGGUAUUGAGAAUGUUGAUAUGGCUAAUAUUAGGGUAUGUGAAAGUGUUAAUAAGCCUGAUGAAAACUAUACCAAAUCUAAGGAAAAUGGAACUGUGAUCGAAAAAGAAAACUAUGCAUGUCAGUCCAUUGCUAUUGAGCCAGUGUCUAUUCAGAGCCCAGCAUGUUUGGCGGAACGAUUGAAACUUCGUCUGCAAAAGAAAUCAGUUCGGAGUGUUCUUGAGACAUUUACUAAUGGAAAAUUUGAGUAAUCGUUGCGUGAUUGAACCAUGUACAUUUUGAAAAAAAGUCCUGAUUACUUCUUAAUCUGUCUGAUCAUAAGUUUUUGUGUUUUUGAUCAACAUGGAUUAUAUAUUGAGAGAUUUUGAUUGAACAAUUUCAAAUCUGUGUUCCUUUUUUUUUUAUCUCUCCAGAGCACAAUGUGCGCAUGGUGAGCUAUUUUGGUCAAAUCUAAGACGCGUUCAUUAAAAAUAAUGGUCUCAAGAUAAACUGAAAUAAAUGAAAUAUUUAAGAACCAAUUUAAAUGCAAGAUUUAUGACUCAAUGUUAUUCAAACUUGUUCAGAAUGUUAAUCUUGAGGCCAAAUUUAAAUCUGGGUCUUGGGCGUCAGAAAAUUUGGGCACCAGGUAAAAUCUUUUAAAACAAAACUUGUUAUAAGCUAAUUGUGAUGAAACUUGGUCAGAUUGCUUGUCUUUAAAAUAUCUAGGCUGAAUUCAUAUUUGGGUCAAGUGCAUCCAAAAGCCAGGUAACGUCGUCAAAUAUGUAAAAGAAUUGUUACCACUUUUAAGGCCCUACACGUAUGAUUCAUCGAUGAUAUCAAUAUAAUUUUGUUAAACUGUUCAUUUUACCAAUAUCUGGACCAGUUUUUAAUCUUAGUCAUAUACGUCCAAAAACUAGGUUAUGAAGUCAAAUCUUUGGAAAACUUUGUUACCACUUAAAUCCUAAUUAAUGACUAGAUCUCAAUGAAACUUAGUCAGAGAAUAUCAAAGCCAGGUUUAAAUAUGGAUCAAGUGUGGUAAAACACUAGAUCAUCAUGUCAAGUCUUCGACAAACACCUUGAACUCAAGUGAGCGCUUUAUGGUUAUCAUUGCAGUAAUGUUCAUGUGAGUCGUAUUCUAAGAAAACUGGGCUUAAUGCAUGUGCGUAAAGUGUCAUCCCAGAUUAGCCUGUGCAGUCCGCACAGGCUAAUCAGGGACAACACUUUCCGCUUGUGUGGUAUUUUUAGUUUCAAGGAAUUCCCUCCUUACCGAAAAUCAAGUUUAGGCGGAGUGUCGUCCCUGAUUAGCCUGUGCUGACUGCACAGGCUAAUCUGGGACGACACUACACACAUGCAUUAUGCCCAGUUUUUCAGAACGCGACUUCUGUAGAUUUGGUCAGGUUGAUAUUUUGAUGCUGUUUUUCUUUGCAGUGAAAUGGUUUACAAUGAACAUCUUGUUUUGGCUUAAAGUGAUUUGUUGCAUGCAGUGAUAAACUUGUUUGUAUGUAUGUGAGUUUUUUAUUACGUUGAUAAAUACAUGUAGAAUUACCAUUAUUCAUGCUGACUAUAUUUCCAAAUUCAUGUUCUUGGCUUGAAUAAGAUUUAAUACUUUGAUCAUGAAGGCAUGAACAAGGUGAAGGUCACCCUUGUAAGUUUGGUACUAGCAAUAAAUCCUAAAUGCUUUGCUUGAUGCAUCAUUUGCCUGCAUCGCUGUAUUUUAAUCUGCUUUGGAAAAGAUGAAAAAAAUGGUGAGACUGUGUUGCAAAUAGUUACCAGGACAAAGUCAAAGUGGAAGUCAAAGGUAAAAAAAACACUAAAAUACAAGCAUCUGCUAAUAUUUUUCAUCUUAUGCACAACUUUACCCAGAAUUAAAGGAUUUUUAACUCACUUGGGAGACUAACGAGCACUGUGAGCAUCUGUAGCAUGCAGGUACCUGGUCCUGAAGUCAGAUGUCAAGGUUAUGUUUUACAGUAAAACAAUUUUUUCAUAAUUUAACUAUCUAGCCUCGCUGGAUCUUCUAAUAACUGCAUUAUAAAAAGUGCCGCACAAGAAUUGAUAUUUAGGUCCAAGGUCAACUGUCGAGGUCAAAUGUUGAAAAUCCACACCUAUCAUCAAACUAAAAAAAUAACUUUGUUGAGCAUGUUAGUAUACCACAUUGUAGCUGGGUCCCUUGAUCACAAAUUCUAAGUCACAAGUCAAUAAAAUUGGAUUUUUAAAGGUUCAAUAAUGCUAUGCAACCUCCAAUCUUGUCCGUCAUUAAUGUUUUAUUCGUCAAGUUUGCUCCUUGUUGUCCCCUACCGGUGAAGCCGGAGGGGACUUAUGGUUUGCGCUCUGUCAGUCUGUCCGUCCCACUUUUUUGGAUCCUGCGAUAACUUCAAAAGUUCUUCAUAUUUUUUCAUGAACUUAAAAUAUAGAUAGAUGGCAAUAUGGAGAUUAUGCACGUCAUUUCAUUUUGUUCCUACGUCAAUAAUUAUGGUUGCUAUGGCAACACAUAUAAAAAUAUAAAACAAAUCUGACAAUGGUGGAGUUUUACCGGUAAGGGACCAUAUUGCUUGGCAAUCUCUUGUUUUUAUUUGUGGUACCAGUUUUGUAUUCUCAUAUGUAUCUUGCAUGUAUUGGAUGUAUGUGUUGGUUUCAUAAGAGCAGUGACCUAGUAAGAUUUGGUGGAAAAUAAACAGUACGACUUGAUAA